ACUUAGCUGGUUUACCCAUCCUGAACCUCAUCAGAAAGGACAAAAUAGUUGCCUAGCCAGUGGAUUGGAUCUGAUAGGGUGAUUCUCUAAUACAGUAAAAGUGUGUGGGUGAGAUUGUGAGCAUCAUCACCGACUGGGGGCUUGGUGUAAACUGGAAAGGCGACUUCUGGUGGACAGCCUACUCCUACAUGUAGGCACAGAGGUCGCGGAGAGAGAAGAAACCCACCGCUCCAUGUUCCUCUUAAUCAGCUCCGGUGUAGCCUCACUCGACUCUGUCAAAGCUGCAUCAAUUGCAAAUGAUUACACGAAAGGAAAUUAUGACUGAAAACAUCUGGGUGCGGCACACUUUAGAGGAAAAGGUUUCGCUCUGCCGGAGGUCGUUCGCAUUUUUGCCUUUUGUAUUUCCUUGCUGAAUGUCGUGGACAUUUUGGAUUUUUUUUCUUUAAAUACUCAAUGUCAAUAAGUCUUACUGAUUAAGGACACUUUGUGCUCGUGUCUUCUCUCUUGGUUAGUUUGUUUAAGUAACAUCUGGAAGGUAAAUACUUUUCAGUGUGAGAACAACUGGGUACGUAAAACAACUUGAGGACUGCUUGCGGAGGAGAAUGUGCGGACUGGGCCAGCUUCGAGUUGCUCUUGAAGUGGUUAGCUAGCUGCUAACACUAGCUAAAUUAAAACCUAUUGAACUACCGUCAAGCAAAAGCUGUGAAGCUAGCUAAUGCCCACUUGUCGACACAAUCUUGGAUAGUAGCACCCUGUCGAUAACCUGGACACCGUUAAAUGAGACACUGACUCGACUGUAAUUCAGAUAAGCACUAGAUUGUGGCUGUCGGAUCUAUCACCUGCCAUCCACUGGGAUCCAGGCGCUUGAGUCCUAAAUGACAAGUGCCUGAGGAUGUCCAAGCGGAGCUUGUUUGUUCGUCUGGUGCCAUGCCGCUGCUUGCGGGGUGAGGAGGAGACGGUGACAUCGCUCGACUACUCCCACUGCAGCCUGGAGACUGUUCCUAAGGAGAUCUUUAGCUUCGAGAAGACCCUGCAGGAACUCUACCUCGAUGCCAACCAGAUCGAGGAGCUGCCUAAACAACUGUUUAACUGCCAGUUACUCCAUCGACUGAGCAUGCCAGAUAAUGACUUAACAGUGUUGCCAGCAGCAAUCGCUAACCUCAUCAAUCUCAGGGAGCUUGAUGUCAGCAAAAACAGUAUCCAAGAGUUUCCAGAAAACAUCAAGAACUGCAAAGUCUUAGCUGUUGUAGAAGCCAGUGUGAAUCCCAUAUCAAAGCUCCCAGAAGGCUUCACCCAGCUCCUGAGUCUGACGCAGCUCUACCUGAAUGAUGCCUUCCUGGAGUUCUUGCCAGCCAGCUUCGGCAGGUUGACUAAACUACAGAUCUUGGAGCUGAGGGAGAACCAGUUAAAGAUGUUGCCAAAAAGCAUGCAGAAGCUCACACAGCUGGAGAGGUUGGACCUGGGGAGUAAUGAGUUCACUGAAGUGCCUGAGGUGUUGGAGCAGCUGACUGGAAUCAAGGAGCUGUGGAUGGACGGGAACAGACUGACAUUUUUACCUGGGAUGCUCGGGAUGCUGAAACAGCUGGUGUACUUGGAUGUGUCCAAGAACAACCUGGAAAUGGUAGAUGAGCAGAUCUGUGGCUGUGAGAGUCUGCAAGACCUCCUGCUCUCCAACAACGCCCUCACACAGCUGCCCGGCUCCAUCGGCUCACUGAAGAAACUGACUGCACUGAAAGUGGAUGAGAACCAGCUGAUGUACUUGCCGGACUCCGUCGGAGGACUGACAUCUCUGGAUGAGCUGGACUGCAGUUUCAACGAGAUCGAAGCCUUGCCCUCCUCCAUCGGCCAGUGCGUCAACGUCCGCACCUUUGCUGCAGAUCACAACUUCCUUACCCAGCUUCCCCCUGAAAUGGGCAACUGGAAGAACGCAACCGUGCUGUUUCUACAUUCCAACAAGCUAGAGUCUUUGCCCGAGGAGAUGGGCGACAUGCAGAAGCUCAAGGUCGUCAAUCUGAGCAACAACAAGUUGAGGAAUCUUCCCUACAGCUUCACUAAACUGAACCAAAUGACUGCUAUGUGGCUGUCUGAAAAUCAGUCAAAGCCCCUGAUCCCUCUCCAGAAAGAGGAGGAUCCAGAGACACACAAAACUAUGCUGACCAACUACAUGUUCCCCCAGCAAACCAGGACCGAGGACUACAUUCCCAACUCUGACUCCGAGAGUUUCAAUCCGGCUCUCUGGGAGGAACAACGCAAGCACCGAGCUCAGGUGGCGUUUGAGUGCGACGAGGACAAGGACGAGAGAGAAACACCCCCGAGGGAGGGAAACCUGAAGCGCUACCCUACGCCGUACCCAGACGAGCUGAAGAACAUGGUGAAAACAGCCCAGUCGGUGGCUCACAGGCUGAAGGAGGACGAGUCGAGUGACGAAUCCGGGAAAGAAGCAAAACCGAUGGAGGGGAACCACAUCGGAGUGCAGGACGUGGGCGUUAAGGUGAUCGAGGCCCCUUGUCCCAACGGCACGGCGUCAGACAUGGAGCCCCAAGUAUCGUUCGCCCAAAGCGUCUCCGCACCGGAAUCGAAAGACACUUCGGAGUCUUACAGCUCUCAGAGAGUCCCACUCAAAUCUUCAGAGGCCUCUAUGAUGAACCACGAGGACACACUGGAGGAUUCUGAGGAGCUAUCAGACGAAGAAGAGAUGAAAAUCGCGGAGAUGAGACCGCCUCUUAUCGAAAUCUCCAUCAACCAGCCUAAAGUAGUGACUUUAAGUAAGGACAAAAAAGAUGACGGGAAAGACGCGGACUCUUUGCUCGAUGACACGGUGGCCAACAGCAACCAGAACAACAGUAACUGUUCGUCACCGUCACGCAUGUCCGACUCUGUGUCUCUGACCACAGACAGCAGUCAGGACAACUCUCUGUGCACCCCCGAGAGAGAGGCGAAGAUGCCUUUCCUGCCAAAAAGCCGGCAAGAAGAUGAGAACAUGAACCAGCCUAAAGACACCACCCCUCUCCUCCAUAAUGGUAACGGCUCUGAAACGUCCCUUCAGGCCCUUUUGAGAACCCAGCAGACCCCGCCGGAGAAACUGGGUGAUUACGACCUGUCUAUGGAGGCUAGACUAGCGUUCAUUGAGAAGGGAAUAAACAACGGCAUGGGAGACACCUACACCAAGUGGGACCAGAUCAAUAUGAACGUGUCCAAACUGCCGACCGACAACAUGAUUCAGCUGGAUGAGUUUGACAAAACCAAGAACGGCUCGGUAGCCCAGGAGGACUUAGACGGCAAGCAGGGUUUUAGCAACGACAACAUGGACCAUUUACAGAAUGGAAACCAGCAGGUCAUCGACUACUCUCAUCGCUUGGCUUUUGACGCGGAGACAUCUGCUGUGCAUGUGGCUUCGACAGGCGUGACAGCCAGCAGUGACAUGUCUCUGUCUCGUAGCACAGAGGAACUGUCUCCGGAGAAAAGGUGCCAUCCCCCACAGGUGAUGAAGUCCCAGAGUGUCAGCAACAUAGAGACAGGGGGCAUGAAGCUGUACUCCUUUGAUGGUGACAGCGACUCCCAUGACGCAGCAGUAGUCUGCAGGAUGGCGGGAGCCGGCCCGGGGCCGGGAGCUCAGGGCCAGAGCAUAGUCAGGAGCAAAUCAGCUUCCUUACUCAAUGACCAGACUCUCCAGGUUUACCCUAGCUCUUCUGCAUCUUCCUCAGACCUGCUCUCUUCCUCUAAGCCUCCCGCCAGCACCAGCAGAUAUCAAAUCUCCUCCAGCAUGGCCAUGGGCAUCCCUCCCCCUCAGUACAACGUACAGUACACGAGCAGUGCCAUGCCUAAAGAGGGGCUCUGGGCCCAGAGGACGCCCAUGCCUCCAGAACACCAAGGCUACCUCCCUCCUCCUCCCCACUCAUUAGCCAACACCAAUUUCUCCAACCGUAAUCAGGCACCUCCUUACAUGCAGCCCCAGCAGCGAGGGCCUCCCAUGGGUGCCAAACCCUCUGGGGACAUGUGGGCGAAGGAGAGACUUCAUAAUACCGGCGGCCAGCCUAGAAGCAGCACUCUGCAGAGGCAAAGCAGCACCUCCUCCACAGCCUCCAUGAGCGACCCGAGGCGCAUGCAGAUGCCCGAGGGCGAGUACAUGACGUACAGGGACAUACACACCCUCGCUAGGGGUCCGCUGGCAAUGAGCCAGGCCAUGCAGAGGCCUCUCUCGGCUCGCACUUACAGCAUCGACGUACCGGGAGCUUCCAGGCCUCACAGCGCCAGGCCCCAGCCCCACGAGCUUCCAGAGAGGACCAUGUCUGUCAGUGACUUCAAUUACCAGCACAGCAGCCCCAGCAAGAGACCCAACGCCAGGGUGAAGUCUGAGCAUUCGCUCCUGGACGGGCCCGGACAGAUGGGAGGAGGAGGAGUGGGAGGAGGAAGGGUGCCAUCUGACUGGAGAGACCAGGUGAUGCGGCAUAUCGAGGCCAAGAAAAUGGAAAAGAACGCGCUGUCUCGCUCCUAUAAUUCCAAUAACGCUCCGCUGAGCUGGUCUCACUACAGCAGCUGUAGGGAUAUGCAUGCCAGCCAAGGGUCUCUGGUCUUUAGCGCCAGAGACGGACAGCCCUACGGAGCUCUGGGCUUCUGCGAUGAUAUGUUUGGACCCCAAGGGCAGCAGAGCUACACCAUGGACCCCCACAGAAAAGUGCCUUUGAUGAACGGACAGAUGGGCCCUUCUGUUCGUCCUCCUCAGAUGAGCCAGGCGCCCAUGGCACGCCACCCAUCCAGAGAGCAGCUCAUUGAUUACUUGAUGCUCAAAGUUUCCCAUCAGUCCCAGGGGCCCCCGCGCAUCCCGCAGGACACACUGCAGCAAGAGAUCCGUGUGAAAGUGGAGAAGAAUCCAGAGCUGGGUUUCAGUAUAUCAGGAGGAGUAGGAGGCCGGGGAAACCCCUUUCGUCCAGAUGACAAUGGUAUAUUUGUGACACGGGUUCAACCUGAAGGACCGGCUUCCAAGAUUCUUCAGCCUGGAGAUAAAAUCAUCCAGGCAAACGGAUACAACUUUGUGAAUAUCGAUCACGGGAACGCGGUGUCCCUCCUGAAGACAUUUCCGAGCACUGUGGAUAUGAUUAUCAUAAGAGAAAUGCAAGCAUAGACUCAACUGAAACUGACCUCUUUUAAACAUUUUUCGGGAGGGUGGCACAAGAGGAGAGAACAGAGAAAAAAAUUUUAUGUUGUUGACUCUCAUAUUUUUAUACACAGAAGAGACUGAUCUGUUCAUACCUGUCGGGACUAUUUAUAGUAGAGAUAUUCAGAGCCUUGAUAAAAUGGGAAAACCACUGAAUGUAGUGGAUCUUAAGCGAGACGGUGGCAAACAUCUGCAAGUACGAGUCCUCAAAAAGGCCAUCACUGUGGUAUAUAUAUUUUUAUACAAAAGAAGCUGAAGAUAUGACUUGCUCUGAUGCAAAUAAUUACUGUGGUCUCUGUACAGAUCAUCUUUUAUGUUUCUUUCUGCUUCUUUUUUUUUUUUUUUUCUUAAGUCCGAAACUCAUUUUACCCCCCAAAUCAUGAGUUUUAUCUCUGCUAAUGGACAUGAACUGAAUCUGACCACUAGGAGGGCUAGCAGGGCUCCCUCUCUUCUGUCAUCCAGUUUGCCUUUUCUUUCUUUUCCUUUUUUUUUUUUUUUUUGUAAAUUUUAAGAUGUUGAAACCAUUUUCCGGUCUGCCGUGCGAUCUUAUAUGGAGGACAGUGUUACGUGCUUUUCAAGUGGAGACGAAUGUAGAUCAAGGUGGUGUUUUGAUUUUUGUUUUGUUCUUUUGGGAGAGAUUUUUUUUUUUUUUUUUCCUCUUCUUUUGCAAAAUCGAAGAGUUUACAAGAGGAAAUCAUCCACCCGCCCCUCCCCCUCCCCCCCCCCCCCCCCUCUCCUUUUGCUUCCAUAAACCUGUGAACACCCUCCUCCAGCUCAUCUGCUCGGCAUAUCACAUAACCAAGCCACUCACCUGUGCUGUGUAGAAGAAAAAAAACAAAAAUUCACAAUAUAAAUGGAUCACAACUUCACAGAUGUUGGGAGAAAUUGCAGUCUCUGCGUGUGCGAGACUGGGAAAACAGGAUGGAAAUUCAAACAUCGUUGGGGGGGGAAAUACGAGAGGAGAGAUGUGUGUAUUUUACUCGGCCUUAAUCUGUUCGGGGUAAGAUUUUUAGUUUAACCAGAGGGGAAAGAUGUGGCGGUUAUGCUAGUUAACCAAAGCAAGUGUGGGGAUUGUGGACAGAAGGCAAAAGCAGGAGAUAACGUAAGAAUAUCUGAACAGGUCAACAUUUCACUCGUUUUUGUUUGUUUUGUUUGUUUGGUUUUUUUUUUUAAGGGCUUCAUCUUUUAAGGCAGUAAUCGAUGAAACGAGUGUUGCAAGGGGUUUCAACGUCUAGCAGUUUUUAUGUUUUACAUGGGAGAAGACCACAGUUUGCCUUUUUGUGUCUGUAAAAAAUAUUUUACUCGUGCUUUUUACUCAUCACUUCAAAGCAGUGUUUCGAUCUUUUUUUUUUUUUCUUCUUCUCUUUCUUCUUCUUUGCUGUACAGAGAGUAGAGUCGGGAGAAGCAAGUUGUCAAGUGCCAUAGACCUUGAACUGUUUGAAUAGGGGAGGACCUUUUGACCCCAGCACCCAAGCAAUAUUCACAUAGUCACAACACUUCUGAGUACAUUUGCAGCAUAACGGCUUAAAAGCAAUAUUUUAAAGCCUUUAUUUUACAUUCAGAAACAUCGGAUAGCAUUUUUAAAAACAACACAACCUUUUAGUAAUCCCUGAUGAUUUUACAUGAUUUUUAUAUUGUAAAAAGAAUCUUUUUUUUUUUUUUUUUUGUAAUGAAAUCGCACAGGAAAUAUAUACAGUAGUGGUAAAGAAGAAAAAAAAAAUCCUCUGCAUUGUUUGUAAAAGUGAAUGUUUGUGUCACUUUGCCCAAAUGCUUUUUACUGGCUUAUGACUUGAGUCUGUUGCUUAGGAUACCACAACUCCUGAUGUUCAUUUGUGCAAAAAUAAUCAACUUACACUGAUGGUAAAAAAAAACAAACCUAAUACAGUCAAAGCUGCAUCUCAUCAUUGUGUCAGAAGGAAAAAAAAAAUGUCUUUUUUAAAGGUGAUGUCGUGUCCACUCGGUGUGAUUUAAAUUUUUUACGUGUACCCGUCAGUUGCAUGAAAUCAGCCUGUUAAUAUUCAUUCACUGGUAGAUAAUUAUUCAGUGAGACGUGUUUCCGAUAGAAAACGGAAAUGAUAGAAUUCACCUAAAAGUAACGGCCCCCGUAAAUUCCAGCAGUACAAUUUGUGACCACUGAAUUGUUUUGUACAAAUAUAUAAUUACGUUUUAUCUCACGGUGUUUCAACAAAUUGCAUUCCCUCGACUUUUUAACGCAGUAGAUGAUGUCAUCCGCUGUACUCUUCCUGUAUGUAAUUAAGUUUGAAACCUAUUUUAUUCUUGUGGCACUGUCAGAUCGAAAUAAAAACACUGUGGUAAUUAACAAAUUUUAUCCCUUUAAAAAAUAUUAGAAGUUAUUUUAAAGGUAGCUGUACCUGUAAUUUUUAAAACUGAAGCUAAAAAAUGCUUUAAAUUGAGUCUUAUUCGUAGCCAAAUGAUGAUAUAAUGUGCAUUUCCCCUUAAAUUUUUCACACCACGUAUUGUAUUUUACACAAAUGAAAUUGUUGUUUAUAUUGUUUUGAAUUUUGUUGGUGAUUUCUGUCGACUUUCUUAAGAGUAGGAGGGGGGG